CUGGGACAACAUUCUGCCAUGGAACGCAUUCAGCCCGCCAUUUGCCUGAUCCUCCUGCUCCUUCUCGUUGGCUGCUGUCUGGCGGGAACGGCGCGUCGGCCACGCCUCGAUGGACGCAUUGUGGGCGGCCAGGCGACGACUAUUGAGGCGAUACCCUACCAGGUGUCGCUCCAGCGGAGCUAUCACUUCUGCGGCGGCUCGCUGAUCGGGCACGGAUGGGUCCUCACCGCCGCCCACUGCACCGAGGGAUCGGCCAUCGAGGUGUCCAAGGUGCGCAUCGGCUCCACGCGCACAGACUCUGGCGGCAUCCUGGUGGGGAUCAAGCGCGUCCAUCGACAUCCAAAGUUCGACACCUACACCAUCGACUACGACUUUUCCGUGCUGGAAUUGGAGGAGUACGACAAGAAGAACGUGACGCAGGCAUUUAUCGGGCUGCCCAAGCAGGAUGCGGGCAUUGCGGAUGGCACAGCCGUCCUGGUCUCCGGCUGGGGUAAUACCCAAAGCACGCUGGAGCCGACAAGUAUCCUGCGGGCAGUGACUGUGCCGACAGUUAGCCAGACGGAGUGCACCGAGGCCUACGGUAGCUUUGGAACUAUCACGGAUCGCAUGCUGUGCGCGGGUCUGCAGCAAGGAGGCAAGGAUGCGUGUCAGGGAGACUCCGGUGGUCCGCUGGUCGCCAAUGGAACGCUCUGGGGCGUCGUUUCCUGGGGCUACGGCUGUGCCCGGCCAGAUUACCCAGGCGUAUACUCUCGAGUGUCGGCCGUUCGGGAUUGGAUAGGAUCUAAUUCAUAUUUUUGGCGGGAGUGUCCUAGAAGAUGAUGCCUGCCUAGAAGAGAGAUGCUGGGCAGAGUAAUUACUACGAUUGGAUUUUAAAAAUAUGUCCUCAUGGAGAGUUCCCCCGUUAAAAGAUCAACUAAUCGACAAAAUUUCGGAAUCGAACUGUCAGAAAAGGAAACUUUCAUCGGAAAUUAUGAUCAUCCACGAAAACCUAAUCGAAAAUCCUCCCCACCCAUGUACGCCCCUCUCGCUCUACGCUUAUGGACCCUCGGUAGGCUAUGACAACAACUACGAUACACAGCCCGAAGCAGCAACAGCAAAAACCGCACGGUGCUUUAAAAGCAAUGAUGUCAUCAGCUUUUCUGUUCUCUCUCACACAUUGCAAUCGCAAAGCCGCUCUCAGCAAUGCCCAUGAAGUCAUAUUGCACACACACUAAAGUGGGAAGAGAGGAUUACA